AUGGCUACCUUGGAUAAUAUGUUUGCUCUCAAAGACCUAGGAAAGCUGAAUUACUUCUUAGGUACCCAAGUUCAAUAUCUGGAGCAUGGUUUUAUAUUGAAUCAGUCGAAAUAUGUUGAUGAUAUGUUACAAAGGAUUUGCUUUUCAGAUCUGAAAUCUACAGCCUCACCCAACAACUUAGGCAAAAAUCUAUCUAUCAAUGAUGGAGUUCCUCUCACUGACCCAUUUUUGUACAGAAGCACAAUUGGAGCACUCCAGUACAUAACGAACACCCGUCUGAACAUCACUUAUAUGGUAAAUCAUAUUAGUCAAUUCCUCAAAGCUUCUACAGAUGCUCACUGGCAAGCAACAAAGAGAGUUCUUCGAUACAUUAGUGGCACCAAGAACUAUGGCCUACUGUUUCAACCAAGUCAUUCCCUUGAAGUAUCAGCUUAUUCAGAUGUAGAUUGGGCAGCAAAUAUUGAUGAUAGAAAGUUAGUAGUUGCAUACUGUGUAUUUGUUGGUGGAAAUCUUGUCUCCUGGUCCUCAAAGAAACAAACAGCAGUAGCUCGAUCAAGUACUGAGUCAGAGUAUCGAGCCCUUGCCCACACGACUUCAGAAAUUAUUUGGCUUUAA